CCACGGAGCUCCUGAGGCUCCGGCGGCUGGGUCUGAGGGAAGCACGGGUCCCGGGAUGGCGGGGACCCCGUCCGGCGGUGCUGCUCAGUUCUCUUGCCCCCCCAACUUUACCGCGACGUCCCCAACCUCAGAGCCCACCCGUUUCUCUUUGGAAGUGUUAACAGACCCAGAUACGGAACUGUGGCUUAUCCAGGCCCCUGUAGACUUCGCCCCAGACUGCCUCAACGGGCGGCUAGUGCCUCUCUCUGGCUCCCAGAUUGUGAAGGGCAAGUUGGCAGGCAAGCGGCACCGCUACCGGGUCCUCAGAAGCAGCGGUCCCCAGGCUGGAGGAGCAAUCCUGCUGGCUCCCUCCGUGGCGGCAGGGGGGGGACUCACCUGUGCCCCAGCCCCCCAGGGCAGCCUGAGGAUCUUUGAGGGUUCCCAGGAAUCCCCACCAGGGACCCUGCUGCAGCCUAUUCCAACAAGCCCCCCGCCACAGAUCCCCCCUGACCUGAGGCCCCGGUUCUGUGCCUUUGGAGGCAGCCUACCGGUAACAGGGCCUGGGUCAGCCUUGGCACUGAAGUCACCCGCCUCAAAAAAGAGGAAAAAGAAGAGGCAAAUACCAGAGGCCCCAGCUCCCCGGGAGGCAGUGAAUGGGCUGGGGGCCCUGGCGGGGGACACAGCUUUGGGGUCCCCGGAUGUGGCGAAGAAGAAGAAGAAAAAGCAGGAGCCGCCAGAACUCGAGGUGAUGGAGCUGGUGACAGCCGAACCCGCGGACGAGAUGCUGGAGCCUCUGGAAGCGCUGUUCCCAUCAUCCACCACCAGGAAGAGGAAGAGGCUGAAGGGGACGGAAGAGAGGGAGCCUGGGGAAAGGAUGCUGAUGGAGUCUCAGCCGCAGUUGGAGGAGGAGCCACAGGAGGAAGCCGUCCCACUGCCGUCUUCGAAGAAGAAGAAGAAGAAGAAAGAAAAGGGGCACCAAGUCAUGAUGGAGUCGGGGGCUGAUGAGGCUCUAGAGCUGGAGAGGAGGCCUCUGGAACUCGCAGGGGAGACGAUAGAGCCCGAACCACCACAAGAAGUUGAGCUUCAGGCUGAGGCAGCUCUAACACCCGCCAAAAAGAGGAGGAAGAAAGAAAAACGGCAAGACGAGACAGUGGAGCCGGGGGCAGAGGCGGUGGAGCCUCCGGUGGAGCCCGAGUUGCCAGGUGACCUUGAGGGUCGGGCAUCCACCAAGAAGAAGAAGAAGAAAGAACGGGGGCUCAGAGCAACUGAGCCGAGGACUGAGGUAACGGACCCACAGGGUGAGCCGAUGGAGCCUGAGCUUCCGGAAGAGCGUGAACCUGAGGCAGGGGCAGAUCCAGCAUCUGCUAAGAAGAAGAAGAAGAAACGGGGCCGGGAAAGCGGGGUGCCAGAGGCAGCACCCCGGGAGGAGACGCCAGAGCCGUGGCGGAGUCCAGAGCCUGGGGAGGUGGCUCCCACAGGCCGGGAGAAGAAGUCGAAGAGGCUGCAGCCGGAUCCUGUGUAGCCUCCUCCAGGGAAACUGACGACUGUGGUCAAGGAAAGCUGGAGGGGCGCCUGGGUGGCUCAGUUGGUUGAGACUCUCGAUUUCAGCUCAGGUCACGAUCUCGCGUUUCAUGAGAUCGAGCGCCACAUCUGGCGGUGCGCCGACAGUGUGGAGCCUGCUUCGGGUUCUCUGUCUCCUCUCCCUCAAAAUAAAUACACUUUAAAACAAAAAAAAAAAAAAAGAAAGAGAAAGGAAAAGAAAGGGGAAGAAACGAAAAGAAAAGCCGGAGGUGACCGCCUGGGCCAGCAGAGAGUGAGAACAGAGAACCCCUUCCCGAUGACGGCGCCGCCGCACCAGAAGCAGCCCAAACCUGGAAAAUGCUUUAUUGUUACAACGAGGGCCUCUCUGGCAGCUGGGGUCAUCGGGGCACUUUCAAGAAGGGCUUGUGUAGGACAUCAAACAGCCUCCGGGCCUGCGUGAGAGCAAGAAAGAAACAAGGAACUGGUCAUUAAAUGAGCCAUCUGCUUGCUA